AUGCGUCCGGAAAACGAUUUUUUCACCAAAGCAAACCCCAGCUAUAGUUCUGGAGCAAAUGCCAAAUAUUUACAACACAGUUACAAUCCACCCGCAAAGUGGGCCUUAGACAUACUCAGAGAAAAGUUCAGUUUUGCUGGAAUCCAGAAUUCAGAGCCAGGUUUCAAUUUGACCGCAGAAGAAAUAAUCAAAUUCAAGAUUUGGCCUCAAGGAGUUAUCCCGUAUUACAUCGACGAAUUCUCGUUUGAUAAAGUGCUCCGCGACAGAAUACGCAAUUACCUUGACCUCACAAACCGUGCAACUGGUCUGAGAUUCAUGGAGUUGCCGAGACCGCCCGCCGACGAGAAAACUAGAUGGGUACUUUUUGUGAAUCGUCAGGGUCUGCUCAAUUGCGCCGACCACUCUAUUAUGGAUUUCACUAACGAAGGCGUACAGAAAGUAGUUUUGGGUUACGACUGUUUGGUGACUGGCGGAGAACUCGCUGAAGCCGUUUUAGCAUUAGUUGGGGUGCCACCACAACAUAACUCGCCAGAUCGCGACAAGUACAUAAAGAUAAUGAUUAACAAUGUGAUGCCAGAGAAAAGGCAUCUGUUUGUCGCGUUAAGGAGAACGGAUUGGUUGUUUUAUGAUGUACCUUAUGAUUUUCUGAGUGCCAGUCACUACAACUUUCACAAGUAUACCAAAAAUGGACAGGCUACAAUUAAAUAUGCGAGAAAUCCUAACGUAAACAUCAAAGAGGAAAAUGCACUAGAACCACGAAUCAAGCCUAAUAAAUACUUAGGCUUACCAGAAGUUAAUAUUUCGAAGUCGAAUAAAACAAAAAAAAGUAAAACAAAUGACAAUAUUCCUAAAGAAACAAUAAAAUCAUCUAAUUUUGAUGAAAAUGAUAAUAAUGAAGAAGAAGAGGUGGUCGAAAAAGAUUAUGAAGGCGAAGACAAUGAAAGUAAAAUUACGAAAGGAAGUAAAGAUUUAAGCAAAGACAAUGACUUU